AUGACUGUCGAUUUUGAGAGCUCCUGGAUUUGGCACCCCCAUUGGACCGAGAAGCCAGAAUCGUCCUCUGCCGGUGAAUUCGUUUACUUCCGCAAGUCCAUUUACUUACGAGAUAUCCCUCAAGGUCCUGUUGAGAUUACGAUUACAGCCGAUACGAGAUACAAGCUCUACAUUAACAAGUCGGUGGUUCAUACCGGUCCUGUUAAAGGAGACGAUCAGACAUGGUUCUACGAUGUCCUAGACAUUCAACAAUUCCUCGUCGCUGGCCACAACCAUAUUCUGGUUCAUGUUCUUCGGUUCUAUCAUGGGUCACAAAAUGCCUCAAGCUUUCCCAGGACCCCAUUUCCAGGGUUUUACAUUAGGCAUGACUCAACCAAGGGCAACCAAGAACAGCGACCAUUGGACAUUCAAACAGAUGAUACAUGGGAAACAGCGCUUGAUACUUGCAGAGCUCUUCCUGUCAGUGAGAACUUCGAUUUCUUCCUCCAUGUCUUUGAAAGGGUUGACCAGCGUAAAUCUCACACGCUCACUUGGGUUGCGGCAAAGCCAUAUCAGUUCAUGGUGAAUUGGGGUCUCUCUGUACCUUGGAAUCUACGUCCUCGAAUGAUUCCAUUCUCUCAGCUAGUGGAACUCCAUCUCACAGCCAUCCAUAACAUCAGAAGUUCACAACCCCAGGACAUUUGGGAACGCCUUCUCAACCCGACCCUGAAGCAUAAGGCAGGUAUUUUCCUGACCAAAGGCACGGUACACCAUGUCGAGCUCGAGGUGCCGUACCACGUUACAGCCUUCGUUGACUUUCGUUUCGCCAGGCCGUCAACUGGUGGUAGCAAGCUGAACAUCACAUGGUCCGAGGGCUAUGAGGAGCAAUCUGCUAAGCUACCCUUUGAACGAAAGAAAGGAGACAGAUCCGACACAUCAAAGUCUAUUAUGGGACCGAAAGACCAGUACAUCUUUGGAGGGACCCAGUCAGAUCAAGACUUGGUUCAAUAUGGCAUUGCAGGAGCCAACGAUGAAACUUUCAGUCCUUUUCACUUUAGGACAUUUCGAUACCUUGCCAUAGAUAUUGAUGUUGCUCAAGACUCAGACCUUAUUUUUGAUGGUAUCAAUCUCGUCAGAACAAAUUACCCCCUGGAGGUGUUGGCCACUUUCCCCAUAGUCGAGAUUCAGGAUGAAGAUUCAUCGUGGUUUCACAAGCUCUGGGAGGUGAGCUUACGCACAUUGGAGAAUUGUAUGCACGACUGCUACGAAGACUGUCCGUUUUACGAGCAACUACAGUACGCCAUGGAUACAAGAAGCUCAGCACUCUUCACCUACGCCAUCUCCCGGGAUGAUCGACUCGCACGCCAAGCAAUCUUACAAUUUUACAACUCUUUUCAGCCAAAGAUUGGGUUGACAGCAAGCCGUGCUCCCUGCCACCAUCUGCAGACCAUUUCCCAUUUCUCUCUUUUCUGGGUAUGCAUGCUUACAGACCAUUACGAGCAGUUUGGAGAUAGAGAAUUUGUCUCUGGCUUCCUACCCAUCGUUGAUGCCAUUCUCAACACCUUUGGUAGUCGUCUCGACAAAGAAACUGGCCUGCUGCGCAUUUCUCAAUUAGCUGGCGACUGGGAAUUUGUUGACUGGAGUGAUUCAUAUAAGCCAUUCGGAGUUCCGCCCGCUGCAAAGGAUACUGGUUACCUGACUUAUACAAAUCAGUUGUUCGCAUACACUCUACAGAGGCUCAGUUCGCUCGAAUUGUGCCUGGGCAGGACGUCAGGCGCAGAUGAACACAAACAUCAAGCUGAGCUGAUCGUCCAAGCUGUCAGAAGCCACUGCUUCGACGGUACCUAUUUCACGGAUGGACUCACCACGUUGGCAAACCAUACCCACUACAGUGAACAUUGUCAAAUUUGGGCAGUCCUUUGUGGCGCGGUAACUGGGAAAGACGCCUUUGACCUCUUAAAUCGCUCUCUGGGAUUGCAAACUAAAGUGGAAGAUGAGCGUACGCACAAGUUCGCACAGGUAUCUAUAGCAAUGGCGUUUUAUAGCUUGAGGGCUUUAUCCAUCGUCGGCCAUGGGGCAUACGAAGCCCAAUUCCUCAGUUUCUGGGCACCCUGGCGAAAGCAACUUGAACUCCACUUGACAACUUGGGUGGAAGACCAUAUCACGCAAAGAUCGGAUUGUCACGCAUGGGGCAGCCUUCCUCUGUAUGAGUAUACCGUCGAGGUUGUGGGGUUCAAACUCGCCAUGAUCAACGGCGAGAGGGUGCUCGUCUUUAAGCCGCGGGUAGGCCUAUUCAAGGCUUUCGAGGCCAGAGUUCCAGUGAGUGGUACUUGGCAACAGCCGAUACUGGCUCGUGUCUCCUGGCAGAAGGACCAGAAUAAUGAAGUGGUUCUGAAUUUGUCAUGGGAGAAUGAGGGCAGGGAGAUGGAGGAGGGUAAGCAGCUACCUGUCCAUGUAAUCCUACCUAACAAGCAGGAAGAGGUUCUAGGGGCAUUGAGCAACAAGCAAUGGAAAUUCAGCUUAGAUUGUAGGCAUUGA